AUGCCAUCGAUAGCCACCUACCCAGCCCGAAACUUGUCGCUCUGCCACAUACUAGGAGCCUUCGUGCGCAACAACAUCAUCAUAACAGAGGCAGAGGACCUGUCUCCAAUGUACAUGGUCGACGCUCCUGGCCUAUUUGAUGUACCCUUCUUCGUCCGCACCAACUUGGUAUACUACAGAGAAGGAGUACCCCAGUUCUACCCAAUGGGAGAAGCCCCCGGGGGAAGGGCACAACAAGGUCAGGAGGUGCAAGCUGCCCAGAUCGACCAAGCGCAGAGGCCGAGGCAAGAAAAUCUGGAGCGGGCAGUGACUGAGCUGGCUGAGGAGAACAGACAAUCGCGGACAGAGAUGGCAAAACUGAUAACCCUAAUGGAAAGCAUACUAAAGGAGUUGGCAAGAGCGAAAGCAAGCAGUGAAGCUGGAACAAGCGGACAUGGAGGACAGGAAGAAGAACCCACCGGACCUGAGGAAGAAGAAGGUGAUGAGCAAGAGGAGGAUGAUGACAACCAAACCGGACUUACUGAAGAAGAACCAACGGACCCACCUACACAGAACCCUGCCCCAAGAAUGAGCAGGAGGAACAUCUGA